AUGCAGCCAGUUAAAACCAAACCACGAAAAAAAGCCCUGAAUUAUCGAGCUCAGGAAGUAAAAAGGGAUGUUUUUAAAGAUUCCAGUUCUAAAAAAAUUAAAACCAGUGAAUCAAGGAAAUCGACUGAAUUGCCGACCACUAGCAGAGCUGCUAGAGAAGAAGACUGGAUGUGCUCCGUUUGUGAUAAGGCCUUUGUAGCUGACAUGCGAUCCUGUGUAUUAUGUGGAAUAUGGGUCCCGUAAUCCUAAGGUAUAUCUGGUCCGCCUAACGUCAUGGCAGAAGGCGUCAUCAAGAUCUCUGUCAUACCGAUCCUACUACUUGGACUUGUUUUACAUACAUCUGCCUUACGCCAACUCUCAGCAUCACAGUAUCAUAUGACAGAUGAAAGAAGCGAAUGCCAAGGAGACUCUCGAGAAAGGUUCAUCAUUCACGAUAUUAUGGCGAAUGAAAACGAUUCAUGGGUUUUUCCUGCACCAUUAUCAAAUAUUGAUUGCUGGUAUGUUGUGGUCAAUUCCUCCAUACCUCUUCUCAAACGGGCAAUGUUCCCAAGCGAUCGAAGAGCGUAUAUUGUUGAAAUCACCUUGGAGAGUGCUGGCAUACACAAAAUAGAAUAUGCUAUAUUUGAUGGGUUUCACUAUUUAGUAUGCCUCCAUUUGUCUAAGAAUCACUUAAAUAAGAUAGGUAGAGACGCGUUUGGACAACUUGAAGGACUAGUGUACUUGGACUUAUCACUGAAUGAUAUCACCGAUAUAGAAGCUAACGCCUUUAUUGGUCUCAGACCGCUAAGAAAUCUCAAUUUGUCAUCCAAUAGUUUGAGCAGCGUGAAACAGAAUAUAUUCGUUGGCUUAUCCAGCUUGAUAAAGCUGGAUCUCUCAUUAAACCCUUACAUGCAUACAAUUGAGGCACGUACUUUUGAUGGUUUGACAUCACUUGAGUAUCUUAAUAUUUCAUACUGUAAUAUAAGUCACUUAGAUACCAAUAGUCUAAAAGGCUUAAGAGGUUUGCAUCAACUACACCUAUCAAAUAAUCCUGUCAGCGAAAUUAGUAGACACGCAUUUAUUGGUAUGUCUACUCUUGCAGAUUUGGAUCUGUCAUCCCUGAAUUUGACUUCCAUUGAAUCAGAAACGUUUACUGGGCUAUCAAACUUGAAAUAUCUGGACUUGUCCCAAAACCGUGUACGUAAAAUCAAUGCACGUGCUUUUGAAGGCUUAGCCCAGCUAUAUCUACUGAAUCUGUCAUCGAAUAAGCUAGAAAUCCUGCAGUCAGAAACUUUUUUUGGACUAGAAAGAUUGCAACAGCUAGACUUGGUAGGGAAUCCCGUAACUUUGAUUGAUGCGAACGCCUUCAACGGCAUGUCUUCCAUAUCAGUUUUGGAUCUUCCAUUGUACAAUUUAACUUCACUAGAAUCUAAAUCAUUCAUCGGCUUAACAAGCUUGCAUACGCUUGAUCUCCCGAUAGUUCCUCUCAACAGGAUCAAAACGCAUACAUUUGAAGGUUUGUUCAGCCUUACGUCGUUGGAUCUCUCAUAUCGUAACAUAAGCACAUUAGACUUCGAGUCCUUCACGGGUUUAAGCCAGUUGAGGAAACUGCAUCUAUCAAAUAAUCCUCUCAGAAAAAUUAGUAGACACGCAUUUAUUGGUAUGUCUACUCUUGCAGAUUUGGAUCUGUCAUCCCUGAAUUUGACUUCCAUUGAAUCAGAA